AUGCAGUUCAUGAGCCAUGCUAUUGGAUGGGAGGAUUGUGCCAUGCUCGCGAUGGCGCCGCUGGGAAUCCUCACGAUCAUCAUCAGCGCGAUCCGGGUCGGCGGACCCAUGUGGAUGAAGGCGCUUAUAGGACGUGCGAGAGAGAACAUCGCAGCCGCCGAGAUAGAUCUCAUGUCUUCAACGUCGAGAGAUGUAUGCGAGCUGAACAAUGGAAAAGGCAUCGUCAGGUGUCAGGGUUCUGCACCGGUGUGGGAGUUUAUUAUUCUGCUACCCGGAGACACCAGUCGAAACGACGACGCAGUACCACAUACCGAAUGCGAAUUUGACCAGAAACCAGCAUCUUCAGCAUCCCCCAUCACAGUCGUCUACGAUACAAGAGAGGAAGCACCGAAUGUGUCUUUGAAUCUGCAGAACUCGACUGAUCGCACAGAGAUUCGAACAUUUGCAAUAUUUGGGGUCGGACUUCAACUUGGCGCCCUAGCUUUCUUCGCUGCCAUGACCUUCCACCCUACCUUUAGCUUGUCAUUCACGAUAGAUGGCAAUCCGGCUCCCGCUUAUGCUUUUCCCUUGGCGGCUGGAGGCACAAUACUCCUUGUGCUCGGGCUGCUUCUUUGUGCCCAUGUCGUCGAGAGCAGCACAGACAAAGAGAUCUACGCGCUGGCGAACGGGUCUUCACGCAUGCGGAUCUACUGGCUGCAGCAAGAACAGACAGUCUCAGAUCAGGCUUUUGAGGCAAUCGCAACGCAGCCAUCGUCAGAUCGAUCCAAUAUCAUCAUGUCGCGACGUGGUCACGCGCACUAUAGAAACUCAAGACUGGAGACGAAAACCUCGAUCGGCGCGGUGAUAUCGAUAUUUGGUUUCGUUUUCCAGUUUGUUGGGUUUCGUGGCAUGCAUUCUGCCGCACCAAUCGGCCAGCUUGUGGCUGUUGCGAUCAUGGCGGCCUCCCGCGCUUGGCUGAGACGCAAUCUGGCACGAGGUCUUCGCCAAACCCGUCUGACGCCCGGCCAUGAAGUCGACUGGUUGGCA